AUGUACGAAACAAACAAAUCAGACACCGAGGAGGACGAUAACGCAAUGGACACGCUUAUGGAACAAGUUUUUGAAGAACUUAACCCUCAAUGUGAAGAGAAGGUUCUAGCACGAAUUAAUCAAGAACAACUCUCGGAAGAGGAUGCGAGGAAUUUAGUGUUUCAAAGUAUGAAAAGUGCUUAUCGUAAAGCAUUGACUGACCUAUUUACAGACAAGCUUCUGUGGUACACGGCACUAAAAGACAGUGGCUUGUUUCAAGCAAUCAAGAAAACAGCAGAAAAUGACCACACAGUGCAGUGUGUCCUACCCCUCAAUCUAUUUAACGAGAAGAUCUUCCUGUUUAUGUGGUUCUGGUUCGUCUUUGUUGCCAUUUCAACUGGGGCAAACCUCAUGUUCUGGAUCUGGCACCUCAUCGUCCGCAGAAAUCGGGUCUCCUUCGUGAAAAAGUACUUGAAAAUCAAGGGCAGAUUAGAAACUACGACCGACAAAAGCCUGUGUACCAAAGUCGGUAACUAUCUGCGCGACGACGGAAUUUUUCUUCUCCAACUUCUCGCCCGGAACUCUAACCCACUUCACGUGACUGACGUCAUAAACGGCCUAUGGGACCGCUUCCUGGAAAAAUUCAUCUCAAAGAAAGUGCUGGCUGACCUACGUCCGCCAAAUCUACAGAAUAACAACAAGGGGGACAACAGAGCUAGUUAUAUAUGA